AUGCCCAUCAACACAACGCACAAUCCUGAGACACCAACAACCACCACCGUCAACGCCAGCGAUGAGGACCUGGUUUAUAUUUGUGCUCAUUGCGAUCGCAUCUCCACCUCACACAUUGGUCUGGUAGGUCACUUGCGAAUCCAUCGCACAGAGACUGGCGAACCAGUGCCUAGAGCACCAACCUACACUCGCCGCAUACGUUACCACUGUUCACACUGCCCUUGCACCUCCAUGCACCGCAUGGGUCUAUUCGCUCGCGUGCCUAUCCACGAGAGCGGACUUGACCGCAGCCGCGACACACGUAGCACAUCUUGCACACCCGCCAUGCGCAGUCGAACCCACACCCCGUCGCAUAGGACGCCCACCAUCACUAUCACCGAAGCUGAUACUGACGCCGCCGACUUCUCAUGUCCACACUGUCCUCGUAUAUUCACAUCACGUAUCGGCUUGAUCGGUCAAUUGAGGAUCCAUCGCACAGAGACUGGCGAACCAGUGACUGGAGCACCAACCUACAAUUUCUGCAUCCGCCUCCACUGUCCGCACUGCACUCGCACAUCCACGAAAACUCGCGGUAGACAGCCGCCGGCUGCACCCCACUUAACUCACCAGCAUCUCCCCACACAUCAACAUUACCCACCUCAGGCACCUGUAUCAGCCGCUCCAGUCCCCCUUUUCUCCGUCUCCGUUUCGUCGUUCGAUGGUCGCGACAAUCGUUGA